AUGACCACUCCGCAGCGGUCCGGCCGGACAGGUAUUUGUGCGCUUGUUGCCUCAUGGAAGAUUGACUCAUUGCGAUCCAGGUUCCAAGUCCGCGGCGGCGGCAUGUACGAGCUGCCAUCUCCGCAAGAUUCUGGUCUGUCCUGCGACCGGCUCCAACGUCGGAGACGUCCUAUUCGUGCUGUAGAAGCAGCCACGUUGGGCGCGCCGAGCGAUGUUGGAACUGACGGGACCGCCAGCGCCACAAACCCGUCGAGUCCUGCGGAGGUGGUCGAACAGGUCGACCGCAUCACAGUCCCCUCGGCGCUGGACGAGAUCCGAGCACGGUUUGGCAGUUUGGGGGAAGGAGAUAGCCCACGAAGGAUCGAGGUGUCUCCCGGUGGGUUUGGUGACAUUUCCAAGGAGACCUCGAUCCUGGUGGACUUUGUGGCCCAAGAUUUCUCGCUCGGUGCCAUCAGCGACUACCAGGUCACGUUCAACGACAACUACACGACGGUUGCAAGACUGCUGGCCAACGAAUUCGGCCGCGGCUUCCAGACCGACGUCUACCACUAUCGCGAUGCCCCCUUUUUCAAACGUGCCCACGGGGGAAUUCCCCGAAGCAUGGGCCUGUCCGAACUCGCCGUCCUCGACCUGUACGGCUCGUUUACCCUCCCCAGCCCUGAAGUGGCCGACAGCUUCAUUGCGGCCUUUUUCGACCGCGUCCACGCCACGCUGCCCAUCCUCGACAGGUCCGCCUUUCUCAAAGGAUACUCGGCCGCGCCGAAGCCGUCCAACGUGUCCCUUCUCCUCCUACACAGCGUCUUACUCUCCGGAUCAACUACAUUCGAGCAUCCCAAUCUCAAACUUCCUCACGGUGAGGUGUCCUGGAGACUGUACGGCCGGGCCAAGGCCUUGGUCGAGAACAGAUUUGAACAAGACCGUCUGGUGCUGGUCCAGUCUCACCUCCUCUUUAGCACGUUUGUCUCGGACAGCUGUGACGACACGCUGCAAAACAUGUGGCUGUGUCUCGGCACCGCCGUGAGGAUAGCACAAGGCCUAGGGAUGCACCGCGCAUUGGGCAAAGCCAAUGCAAGCGAACCGAUGCGAAGACAGUGGAAGCGUAUCUGGUGGUCGCUUUUUGUCCACGAUACGUUGUGUUCUUUUGAGUGGGGUCGUCCAAGAGCCAUAAACCUCGCUGAUUGCGACGUCGAAUACCUGACAGAGGCCGACUUUCAGCCCGAAUAUCCCGGCUCGCUACCGUCGGCCGAACACACGCGGUUCUUUUUGGAAUUAGUCAAUCUCUGUCUCAUAAUAUCUAGCUGGUUGGACCUUCUUCGGCCCUGCCGAUACCGUGAUCACCAGGGCGGUGGACGAGGCAAUAACCUCGACCGCAACUCUCGAGCCCUGGCGCUCCUCACCGAGCUGCAACAGUGGCACAAGGGCAUACCGACGACUCUACAACCACCUCGAAGCUCUGCUGGUGGUGGCGGCGGCGGGGGCGGGGGCGCCUUGGGCACGGGAUUCACUCUGUGGACAGCCACGUUGCACAUCACCUACCAAGCGGCGUUGCUGCGGUUCUGCACAUUGCUUCCCGAGGGGACUGACACCAUGUUCCGCGCGGCCGCAGACAUCUCACAUGUCUGUGAAGAUCUCGACCGGCAGGACCUGCUGGGGUCGCUGUGGAACUUUGGCAUCCACGAAUUCGACCUGGCCAUGGUGCUCCACGCGCGUCAGGCCAACAGCUCCGAUCCGGCCACCUCGCGUACCGGCGUGCGCAACCUGCAGCGCGGCCUUCCGUGGGCUCGCAAGCUGGGGAGCCGUUCCUCCGUGGCCCAGCAGGCUCAAAUGUUUUACGAGGACUUGGUCAAGAAGAUGAAUAAGCGUUCUCGGACAGGAAGACGUCCGGUAUCGGCAACUACGACAACAACGAUAAGACACGACGAUGGUGUGGACGGCUCAGAUCACGGCCAAAGGCCCUCGAUGGCGACCCCUACUGGUCGCACCGCCGUAGCCGCCGCCGGUGAACUGGGAGAACCGUUUGAAGACGCCACCGUGCAAUCGUUGGCAGGGUCCAACGGCGCGCACACCGACUGGGCCCCCGAAAUGUACUUUACCGACCCUCUCUUCCAGGCGCAGAUGAUGGCCCACGACGACAAUGCCGGCUGGGGUUGGGACAUGUAUUACGACCAGGCGCAGUUUCAACAUCAACAGCAAUUUCGAUGA